AUGGCGACUGCGACUCUCAUCAGUCCCAACACUCCUUACUACCCUCACCAUCCGACAUCUUUUCCCAGUGGUGGCUAUCAUGGUGGCCAUUCACAGAAUCAUGGCCCGUCCAGCAUGAUAUCUCCUGUCGAGUCUCGCCGGACACCUGACGAUCAUGAACCUCCACAUCGCCAAUCUCUCCCCUCAAUACAAGAGGUCAUUGGCAAAGGACCUUCCGGUUCGUAUUCAUCGUCUGCGCAGCCGCCACCACCGACGAGCAUCCCUCAGCAGAGUUUGCCUUCUCCUUUCUCAACCAAUGUUCCGGCGCGACCCUUUCCGUCAGAACCCAUCCUAGACCGGCAACCGUCUCCUCGUAUCCUCCACCGUACCGGAUCCUCCUCAUCUCUCUACGGCGCACGGCCCGAUACGUUCCCAAACUCGAUGAGAUCACACUUCCCCGGGCGCAGUUUGGUUGGAGCACAUCCGUCGCCACCACCGAACAUUGACACUCAGCCGGGACUGUCGCCAGUGUCCCAACAGCAUCACCAGCUGCAGCAAGGCCAGCAACUGCCUCAGCCGAUGCACCCCCACAAUCACCAGUAUCAGUAUCCUCCACAACGAGAACGAGACCCAAAGCCAAAGCAUGACGACGGUCCAUCACACCUAGGCGCAUACUCCCACGCCUCAAGCCAAAACCCGUACGCUUCUCAGCAACAACAGCAGCAACAGCCGCCACCACAGCAGCAGCAGCAGCUCCCUCUGCCCUCUGCACAGACACCUGUCUCUGGCUCUUACCCCGUGUCGCCGCGGCAUGCUGGUCCGCGUUCUCUCCCAUCACCCUUCGAGCCACAACAGCCGCACUGCCUCGCCGAUGGUUCGCCGGAAUUCAGCCGAAAUCGCACCAGUCGCUACGACCAAACUGUGAACAGGCACUUCGAGGCUUGGAGCUACGCCGAGUAUCUCUCCAAGAUCGGGACCAAUUCCAGAACCAUUUACAACUUCGCCGAAGCCUUCGGUAGCAUCGCAAGGGAAGAGCACAGUCCACAGCCAAUGCCUGGACGCAUGCCGAGCGACCGGGAGGUUUGCGACAUGAUCAACAACGCCGAAUGGCUGAAGACCAUGCUUGAGCACCUUCGCAGCAUUGUGCAGCAGACAGUUGUCAACGACAGGGGCUCGAACAACAGCGUUAGACAGAAGACCCAAAGCUUUGACGAUUCGGAUACGCCGAUAUAUGGCGAUCCAUCGGGAAAGCCUUACAACACAUUGAACGAGGUGAAAAAAAGACGCGGACCGCCAGUCCAGCCAGAGCUAACGUUGUUCAACAGCGUGCCGCCCCACCAGGACGAUGCCACAGUUGCAACCGCAUUGACACUCCAGAAUGGCGACGGGGACCCGACGGCGCUCGCCCACCCUGUGCAACGCCUGUGGUCUUCACUACGCUAA